CUCAAUCAACUGCUAUCACUGUGCAUGCUUGUAGUGUGGCUUCACCUGCUGCUGCUGCUUCUUGAUCAUCAACGCGGUUUGGUGCACUUGCAUCAGUGAUCUAUUGCAAUGGAAUCUGGAAAUCCAAUUAAAGAAAAAGAAUCAAGCUUGGAAACGAUGAAUGAAAAGGCAAACAAGCCUUCAGGGUGUGAUCACAAGAUUGCAAAUGAAGUCGACUUUGAACGGCACAGGCAACUCUUCGAUGCUGUCAGACAAGGUAAUUGGCAGGAGUCCAAGACGUAUCUUGACCAAAAUCCUGAUGCAGUGAGGUCGAGAAUCGAUUUUUCGAACAAGACUCCACUUCACGUCGCUGUGAGUGCUGGACAUUUGCACAUUGUGGAGGAGUUGGUGCAAUUAAUGACUGAAGAAGACAUGCUGAUGGAACGGAAGGAUGGUCUCACAGUUCUUGCAGCUGCUAUAGGAAUCGGAAACAUCUCCAUCGCUAAGUGCUUGAUUAGAAAGAACAAGAUACUAGUUAGUGUUGCUCGUGAAAAUUGGGUUCUUCCAGUUAUCGAUGCUGUCUGUUACGACUAUCACGAAAUGGCUCGUUAUCUUUAUACCGAAACACCCGAAGAAGAUCUUACACUGCGAGAUAAUGGCAAGAUAGGCUCUUCCCUCGUUACCAAUUGUAUAAACCAAAACCAAUUUGAUAUCCCCAUCCAUUUGCUAGGGCGUAGACAAGGUCUGACAACUACUGCGGAUCCUUAUGACAGAUACCCCGUGCGUUCAUUAGCAUCAUCUAUAACUAAACCUGUCUUUGCUUGUAGAAGCCAGUUAGGAUUUUGGAAACGGUGGGUAUAUGACCGUAUACACAUUGCCAGUCGUGCGGCCAAUCAAAUUUACAUUGAUGUUCAGAAUCGAGAAGAUAGCCAAAUAGAUGAGAAUGAUUUAACUCCAAUUAGGUCAGGUAAUUAA